UCGUAGUUACUAUAGAAACAGCAUAACAUGUGAUUUGACUUGAAAUUUGUGUGAGCUUUUUUGCUGUUCUUAAUUUUUUUAUUCAAAGUUUAUUAUCAUGGCAGUCAAUCAAGGCUUACAUGGCGAUCUCAAUGUUGGCUGUACAAAACCCAAAAAAGUGCUAUUCGUUAAAGGAAACAAUUCAAAUACGCUAACAAAUUUAUUGUUAAGAGAUUUUAGUCGAUUAAAAAGGCCUUAUUCUGUUUUUCCUCCUGAAAAAUAUGACAUCAAACCAUUUGAAGAUGCCUCUAAGAUUCUAGAAUUAGCUCAACAAAAUGAAUGUUCACUAUUCAUGUUCUCAUCUCAUAACAAAAAACGUCCAAAUAAUAUCAUUAUUGGUAGAUUGUCUGAAGAGCAAUUGAUGAAGGAUAUGGUUGAAAUAGGGAUCGACAACUUCUUUUCAAUGCAACAUUUCAAAGGUCCCAAACUUCCUCAAGGAUCGCGACUCUGUUUGGUAUUUGAUGGAUCAGUCUUCCAAGAACGGGAUGAUUAUAGAUUGAUCAGAGAUAUAUUGGUUGAAUUAUUCGCUGGACACACGCGUGAAUGUCCGAAACUUUCUAAAGUAGACUACAAUGUCAAAAUUUCUUGUGUCGACGAGUGUGCAAAAUUUGAAUCUUCUCGCAUCUGUACCAAAUACAAGGGUAGUAAAGUUGCUAAAAUCGAGUACGAAGAUAUGGGACCCAAUUUUGACUUCAAAGUGAGACGCAUCAAGUUAUUCACAACGGAAACCUUAAUGGACAUACCAGAGGCAGCUGAUGAAUUUGACCCUAAUUGCAUGGAAACCCCUCUUCUCACUGAAACUGAAAACAGUGAUCCUUCAUUUAAUGAAAAGUUUGUGACCAAUGCCAAAGAUGAAUCGCGUAAAAUUGAAAGGGGAACCAAGAGGAAUAAUGAUGAUCUCGAUGAAAGAUUAAAAAGAAUGAAAUUCGUCGAUUAAACUCAGCAAUAAAAUCAGAAAACUUGACUUGAAAUUCGUGUUAACUUUGACCGAUGGAAAAAUGCUUCUGUUCGCAAUACAUGCAAUUACAACAAACAUUGCCAUCGCUAAAGUACUCUAAUUGUUUACUUUGGUGCUAUCAAUAAUUUUUAUGCAUCAAUUGAACAAUCUAAUUUAAUCUCAAUCUCAAGUUAUGAAAAACAUGAACUUAUCAUAUCUAAAUUGAAUCUGCUUAUUCUCUGUGUGAUUCCUAUUUUUGAAUGAUUCGAUUUUGCAAUGUAAUUCUGUAUUAUACUUUAUUAUUAUUAUCAUUAUUUCUUUAUAAUGAAUAUUAUUAAAUGGGUUAUCAAACUGGCCUUUAAAUAAAUUA